ACAGACUGUGACACAGUCGUCCGCCAUGCAGGUUCUGUCUCCCCGAGAGUGAAGUGAGAGGUCGUUUGGCCCCAAAAAGAAGAGAAAACGACAGAAGGUUUGGCCAGACUGCGAGGCAAUGACGACACAUUUAGUGUCUGUUCUACAUGAGUUUGGAUGUCACCAUGGAGGUUUUGGAGGACAAGUUGAGAAGUUUGUCCAUCGACCGGCGAACUCACCCCAAGAAGCUCACUUACCUCCUGGGCAUGGCCCAGCAGCCAGAGGGCGUGUUGGCGGUGUCCUGCUCCAACAUGAGCAUCCACCUGCACCACAAGGAGACGCUGAAGCUGCAGGCCGAGUAUCGCGGCCACGGCGGACCGCUCUGCGCCCUCGCCUUCGCUCACGCCUCCCCUCACCUCCUCUACUCGGCUUCCGCGGACGGGACGGUGCGCGCGUGGGACGCCCGCCUCCCGGGGUCGGACUCGGCCCAGCUGUUCCGGAGCGACUCGUCCCACAGCUUCUGCAGCUUCGACCUGAGCUGCGGCGACGUGCUGCUGUGCGCCGGCACGGAGCAGGUGGACGAGGCGGACAGCUUCCUGGUCUUCUGGGACGCCAGGAAGCCCGGCGGGUCCCUGCUGGGCGUGUACUCCGAGUCGCACAGCGACGACAUCACACAGGUGCGCUUCCACCCCCGCGACAAGGACCGCAUGGCGUCCUGCGCCACCGACGGCCUCGUCAACGUCUUCGACCUGAGCCGGGGCUCGGAGGACGAGGCGCUGCUGGCGACCUUCAACGGCGACUCCUGCGCCAGCUCGCUGUGCUGGUGUGGCGAUGACUACCGCCGGCUGCUGUGCCUCAGCCAGGACGAGGGGCUGCACCUGUGGGAUCUGACCCGGCUGGACACGGAGCAGCCGCUCGCCGUCUUCAGCUGCCGAGACGUGCGCGGCCUGGCGCCCACGGCCCCCGGCCGCUUGGAUUACAUGGUGGGAGGGGCCUGGCUGGAGGACGCCGGCAAGCUGCUGGUGGUGGGGGGCGACAACGCCGGCGGCCUCCACCUGAUGGAGUGCGACGACGGGGGACCGCGUCUGCUCAAGAGUCUCCGCGGCGGACACGCCGCCACCGUGCGCUGUUUCCUGUGGGACGCGGCGGCGGGGGCCCUGUUCACGGGGGGAGAGGACGCUCAGCUGUUGCUCUGGAAACCAGGGGGGGCGGAGCUGACGGCGGUCAAAAAGGAGUCCAUGAAAAGUUGUUCCGCUUUGAAAAAGAAAUCCAGACCUCACAGGAAACAUUAUUACAGCACCACCGUGCAGAGGUGAGGUGGUUUCAUCAGGACUGCAGGUGGAAAGAAAAUGUCUACUUUACAUAACAGAAGAGCAAAAAGAUCAUCCAUUGUAAAAGUCAAUGUCCAUGGAUACUUGCCCUUUGCUACAGGUGCAUGCUCACCUGUACGGCUGUGACAGGGGGAGACCGGCUAUGUUUUUAGCUCAAUAGUAGUACCCUGCUCUUUCACAAGGCCGGCCGAGAGAAAGAGAGAGAGAGUCCAAAAUCGUUAGGCCGAGCUGUGAACACCACUAUCAACAAAGCGCACCUUUGUGCAUUCACGCACAGCAUACAACUUUUGGUGGACGAAAGAGUAAAAGAUUUUACAUGUCAACAAACUGUUGCGUCACAGUCCACACCAUGGUGAGUUCAAGAACCGCCGACAUUGGAAGGACAAAACAAUGUUCACCAGAUACUCUCAUCAGUGAAGCGUGCACACAAACAUAUUAAACUGCACUUUCUAACAA